AUGGAGAUCGCCUCGUGUUGCCUGAAGGCCUUCGAGUGGGACGGCACGCCCGCCGGCCGGAUCGAGAAGCUCGCCGGCAACGACGUCUACGUCGCCGGAGACAACCCCGACGCGGCCGUCCUCAUCGUCCACGACCUGCUCGGCUGGACGUUCCCCAACGCGCGCCUCCUCGCGGAUCACUACGCCCGCGAGGCCAACGCCACCGUCUACCUACCCGACUUCUUCGGCGGCUGGGUCGUGCCCUUCGAGCCGAUCCUCGCCGGUCGCUUCCGCGAGGUCGACCUGUCGGUCUUCCAAAGGGACAGCGGCCGCGACGCCCGGGAGCCCGAAAUCUUCAACGCCGCCAGGGCACUGCGGGAAAAGCACAACAAGGUCGCGGCCAUCGGGUUCUGCUACGGCGGGUGGGCCGUCUUCCGGCUCGGGGCGAAGGAGCACGACCCCCCGUUGGUCGACUGCAUCUCGGCCGGCCACCCGAGCAUGUUGACCAAGGAGGACAUCGAUGGCGUCGGGGUCCCCGUACAGAUCCUGGCCCCGGAGCAUGACUUCGUCUUCACCCCCGAGCUGAAGUCGCACUGCUUCGAAACCGUGACGAAGAAGGGCGUGCCCUUUGAGUAUCAUCAUUUCGCCGGAGUAGAGCAUGCUUGCCUGACGAGGGGCGAUCCAGGAAGGCCCGGGGAGCGGGAGGCUAUGGCGCGAGGAAAGUCGGCGGCAGUCAGCUGGUUCAACAUGUACCUACAUUGA